AGUGAGUUUAAAGAGAAGAAAGAAGACCUUUUCGUGUUCGGCUACUCGUGCAAAUUGUUCAGGGACGACGAAAAAGCGCAGCACAUUGACCAAGGAAAGCACCUCAUACCAUGGAUGGGGGAUGAAACUUUGAAAAUCGACAGGUUCGAACUGUUUUUUACUACUAAGACUGCUACUUGUGGCCCUAAAAGUUAUAAAAUCUUAUGUAUAUGGUCAGAAAAUACUAAAUUUUGGAAGAUAUUAAGAUUUUCGCAGAGGAUUUUUGUUGGAGUGGCUGAUUGAAGGAUCCACGACUGAUGGCGGCCACGACACCCGUUAUUGUAAUAGUGAUGAUCUUCGGUGGUAUGACGCGCGUGGGGCUCUACACGACCUGUCGUCGCUGGAGGCGCCCCCCGGCGGCUACGACUGGCGCAUCGAGCUCACCAGAGCGGAGCUCGAUGUGGAACAGCUCUGUGAUGAGGAGAGGUACCGCGCCUUGCACACUGAUGAAGAUGAGGAGGAGAUGUACAAAGAAGAGGAGCUGAAGCGUCUGCACGCCGCGGGCUACGGCCAGGUGGGGUUCAACUACGACGCGCCCCGCGCCCCGGAGCCCCCGCCGCCCGCUGAGCUGGACGAGCCCUUCGUGCCGACGUCUGCGUUCAAGGCUCUGUUCUCUCCAAAUAUUGUUAUGCCAGAAACAGAGAAGCAGAAUGCAAUAAUAGAGAAGACGGCGAAGUUCAUAGCUUCCCAAGGGGCACAAAUGGAGAUCCUGAUCAAAACCAAACAGACGGACAAUCCACAGUUCAAAUUCCUGAACCGGGACUCUGUGCUGCAUCCAUACUAUACUGCGUUGACUGCGCUGGUCAAAGCUGGAAAGUGGCCCGAGAAGGAGCCUGAAGUUGUUGAAGAAAAACCACCCGAGCCUGACGAGUAUUUACAUCCUAGUUUGGCGUCGACUAUCAUAGAGUCUGCGCCAUCAAUCCCCAGCAUCCACUACCGGCCGUCAGCGGACUGCGACUACACGAUGCUGAUCUGCAAGAUGCGCGGAGACCGGUCGCUGGAGCUGGCGCCGGGCGAGGAGCCCCCGCCCGGCACGGAGCCGCUGCCGCCGCGCGCCGCGCAGAUCUCGCGUCCGCCCCUCAUGUACCACAAGGGGGAAGCGCCCCCGCCAGCGCCCCAGCGCGCGGAGCAGCACGCAGCGCACUACGCGCAGAUCCUGGAGCGGGAGCACAAGCCGCCGCCUCCGCCGGCACAGCCCACGCUCUCCACCGGACUCAGCCUCAUGAGGAACUACAACACGGACUCCGAGACUGAUGAUUCUGAUUCCGACGACACAUCAUCAACGGACAGCAAAGACCAAAUGGUGACACCGCCGGCUGACGUCCAAGUUGUAAUCGAGAAGAUGGCCGCGUAUGUCGCACGCAAUGGCGACGAGUUCGCGGAGAUCGUGCGCGCGAAAAACGACCCUCGGUUCACGUUCUUAGAGCCGGAAAACGCGUACCACGCUUAUUAUAAGAAACUGAUGCAGGAGAAACGAGGGGUCGCCGUCAAUGGGAAGGAGAGGGACAGACCUAGUAGGACUGGAGCGCCGUUAUCAUUCUCCAUUAAGAAGCUCAAAGGUCCCGAUCCAAUCUUGCCUAAACCAGCUCUCCCUUAUGAGUCCAGCUCAGACGACGACUCAGAGAAACAGACAGACAGACAAGAAGAGAAAGAACCGGUUAAAAGUACCGCACCUCCCACUUUCCCCUUACAACACAUGCCUCCGGUCGUAGUCUACAAAAUGGAGGGACAAAUCAACAACGAACUACCUACAGUGAAAACUUUUGAGGCGAAAGUUGUACACCCAGCGCCCGUGGUCAAAGAAAUUGAGAAAAAGGUUGAAGAAACACCUAAAGUUGAAAAUAGUGUGCCAGAAGUACUCAAUAACGUGGUACAGAAGAUCGCGAAUCAAUCUACAAUAAAACAACAAGAAAACGAAGUUGAAGAGAAAGAAGUUCAAGAGAAGGUAGUACUUGAAGAGAAGAAAGAAGUAGAUGUUAAAAGUAAAGAAAGAGAAAAGAGUCCAAGGAAAGAGAAAAGAAAGCAUAAGGAGAGAAAAAAGGAGUAUAGGUCUAAAUCUGAGACUAGAGACGUCAGGAAGGAUAGGCGGAGCGCGGAAAGAGAAGAGAGAAGAGAUAGAAAGAGGGAGAAAGAAGAUAGAGAGAAAAGACAUAAGCAGAAGGACGAUUUGGAGAAUGAGAUUAUUUCUUUGGACGAUAAUUCUGAUGACAUGGUGGAUUUGACUGGGGAUUUGUCGGAUUCCAAAGGUUCAGGCGAGUGGUCCCGGUCGCAGGAGAAGCAGCAGGCGCGGCGAAGGCGCGCGGCGGAAUUCCUCAGGCGGGUGGGUGUGGAGCCCGACGCCGCGCACGCCAUCCCCGCCAACUCGCUCGCCAGCGCCAUGGUGGAUACACUAGAAACAAUUCGAAAGAAAAAGGCGGAGGAAGAAGAGAAGCGACGUCGACGCGACAAGAGGCGGCAUCGAGAGAAAUAUGAUCAUGAAGACGGUGCAGAGAAAUCACACAGGAAAAGCAAACGGAGAAAGUACAACAAAUCAUCUGAGGAAGAUGAAACUGAUGUUGAUGGCAAAAAGAAGAAGCGCAAAAGGGACAAGAAGCACAAGACCAAGAAGCGGAGACGUCGCGAGGCGGAGGAGCCGGAGCAGGACCACCCGCUCCACAUCGACCUCAGCUCCACCCUCAAGGAGCUGAGGACCGCCUCGCCCACCAAACAGCUUGAACUCCAGGACAUCCAGGAAGACUCCCAGUUGAGCAUGAAACAGGACUCCUCGUCGUCAGAAGAGGAGAAACCGAAGAAGAAGGAGAGGGAGUACAGCGAGGGAGAGUGGUCUAGCGACAGUGAACAGGACUCUGAAUCUGAGCACAGUAAAAUUGAUUAGCCUCUGUUGUUGUCUGAGCAGAACAAAGACAGAACGCACUAUAUCGGAUACCGGUAUAGAUAUGCUGAAAAUUAUGCAGUGCAGAAAUAAUAUGCCACAGAUAACAGUGUCUGGAGAGAUUGACAGUUGUUUUUUAUUCGUGGCCUUUUUAUCCUGUCCCACUGCUGGACAAAUGUCUCUUAACGUUUUGAACACAUUUCAUUUGCUCAAAAAUUUUAAAGGUACUAGUAUUUUAUUAGACUUUUUAAGUAACAUGUGUCUACUUUCUGUCGAAAAACGUCAUGAUAUACGCGUGCAUUGAUCAUUACAUACUCAGCCUUAUUAUAGUGCUCGGCUUUGCCUCGCGCUAAAAUCUUGCCUCGUAUGCGAUGACUAAUAUUUGCACACUUGUAUCCUAUAUGGAUAGCACUGUUUAAUUUUUUAAUUGUGAUUUUUCAACACAACUGUUAAAAAAACUUACACCCUCACACUUAAUUUAGAUAUAGAUAUUAAUGAUGCAAAUAACAAAGAUAUAGAAAACUAAAGACUACGAGUAAGCAUACCCAAAUGAGACAGAAGAUUUCCAUACAACUUCCUGGUCCAAUCCAACCUAUCUCAUUCAAAACGACAGAUUGUAUGAAAUUUAUAAAUUGUAAUAAAAUAUAAAUUAAACACUGUGACAGCGCAAGAGCACUUUUAUUGUAUUAACAGAGAAAACACAUAUGACAGCUUACAUCAUUUAAAUAAGUAUUAAAAACACAAACGAUAUAAAAACUAGUUUAUACAUGUUGUAAAAGGUCGAAUGGAUGGGCCUUGUAAAACAGGAAUAAAAGAUAGCACUCUGUCUCGUUUCUUCUCGUAUAUUUCUAAUACACAUUUCUAAUUGUUGUAUGUGUAAAAUGAUGUCUAAAGUUUUCUCUGUCUACGUCCAACAAAGACAUUCCAUAUGUCAACAAUUUGUAUGGGGUUUGUAUGACAGCGACAAUGGUCACUCACAGUGUAAAAACUGUUUCAAACACAUUUUGAUGGCAAUUAAAAACAGUAGAUAUAAAACAAAAAUAGUAAACUAGUUGACUAGUUUUUUUUUUUAUUUAAAUAUAAUUCAAUUACUGUUUCGUUAUGUAUUAAUGUAUAUAUACAUAUUAUUUUUAUCCAGACUUAUUCUAUUUCUAAAUUUUCCACUUUCCCUCUCUUCAUUUAUCUCUGCUCUGUGGAACACCUUAACAAGAGAUCGAUAAAUAUAACAACAAUAAAUAGGGAGAUAAAACAACAAUUGCAAUCCAAAAUUAUUUAUUCAACUUAUUGAAGUCGAAAUGAGUUCAAAUUAAAUCUACCGCCGACUUCCAAAGCGAAGGAGAAGCGGCGCAACAAACAUCACCUCAUUAUUUUUUUAUCUGUUAACUGGUUUACGAAUUCGAAAUUAUAUAUAGGUAGGUAGGUACCUUGAGACUGUACGUACACUCGGAAAAUUUGAUAACUUAUUACAUACAUACAUACAGUCUGUCAUGAAAAUGAACAUGAACAUGAAUUUUAAGAAAUGAAAAGAAGGCGCUUGUCUCCUGUUUGCUGGCAACACUGGGUGUUUAUCAACCAAUCUUGGGCAUUAUUUGGUGUUGCAAUGACAAAAAAAAACCGGUUUUCUUCAAUUACUUAACAGACUGUAUGUUACUUUAAAUCACAAUAGAAUAUAAUGAAAACAGAUAAAAUCAUAUAAUUAGCUGGUAAUACUAGAUUUUAUUGCCAAGAUAUAGUGAAUUAAUAUGUGUAAGCGUUUAUUUUGUACGAUGAAGAGUAACGCUGGUUGUAUAUAAACAUUGUUUUAACAAAUAUGGCCGAAGCAUUUUGCUAUUUAACAUCAUUUUAAUGUGAGCCAGUUAAGGACCUAAACUGAUCUGCAUCGCAAAUUCAUACCUUUUUAAUAUUAAUGCGAUUCAUUUCAGGUUCCUAAAUUUAACUGGGUUGCAUUUGAAUCGUUCCGUAAAAGUUGAUGAUAGGCCUGCUGGUCGUUGCUAUUAUUUAUUAGUUAUCCUGUCUUAUGUGUCCUGGCACUUAUAUAGUCACAUAAAACAAAUAAAUUAGGUAAACAUUUCAAUCUUCUUAAAACAAUGUUUAUAGAGAACUUGCUUCUGUAUUGUUAAAUACACACAAUUUGUUUUAUAUUUUGUAUAUGUAAUUUGUAAAUAUUUUUAUUAAAUAUUGUGAAUUUGA